UGUACCUUCACAUCCAGAACUCAUUCUGUUGAUGCAUAUACUCAGCUAAACAAUGGACCUCAACACCCUCUCCCACCUCCAAACGGAGGCCUCGAACCCCCAAACCAGACACAUCGACCAACUCUCCACACUUGACAUGUGCACCCUGAUUAACGAUGAAGAUCACCGCGUCCCAGCAAGUCUCACCCCGUGUCUCCCCCAGAUCGCAGGCGCAAUCGACGCCUUAACUCCUCGCGUCCGUAAUGGCGGGAGAGUCAUCUAUGUGGGCGCAGGGACAAGCGGCCGACUCGGUAUCCUCGACGCGUCUGAAAUCCCACCAACCUUCGCCGCACCACCGGGUCAAUUCAUCGGUCUAAUCGCCGGCGGAGACGCAGCCAUCCGUCGCGCCCAGGAAGGCGCUGAAGAUAGUAUCUCGCUAGGAGAGAAUGAUAUGGCCAGUCUGGACCUGGAUCCCGAAUUUGACAGUGUAAUCGGGAUCGCGGCGAGUGGGCGCACGCCCUACGUUCUCGGGUGUAUAUCCUUCGCCAAGCGCAUCGGGUGUGUAACUAUCGGCGUUGUCUGCGCGGAACCUUCUGCACUUGGAGAAUCUGGAGAUGUGGAUUUUCUUAUUGCGCCGCUACCUGGCCCAGAGGUUAUUAGUGGGAGUACGAGGUUGAAGGCUGGGACUGCGACGAAGCUGGUGCUUAAUAUGCUGAGUACGGGGACAAUGAUUAAGGUUGGGAAGACGUUUGGGAAUACGAUGGUUGAUCUCGUCGCAUCGAAUGCGAAACUGCGUCAACGCUCGCGGAACAUUAUCCGCCGGUGCAGUGCGCAUUAUGCGUCCGCUUCGAAUGAAGAUAUUGACUUGCUGUUGAGUCGAUGUAAUGGGAGUGUGAAAUUGGCUCUGAUUGUGGCUGAGACUGGACGGUCUGUGGAAGAGUGCCAGCAGGACCUUGAAGCAUGUCGUCAGCAGCUUUCAAAAGCUCUGGACAGGGCUAAGAUUCCUGCUAUCGGAUCAGAACACAGUAAAGGCCGUGAGGAAAGGCUUGUUUUAUGCGUCGACGGGGGCGGGACGAAAUGCGCUGCCGUGGUUGCAGACCAUACUGGUUCUGUACUGGGUAGAGGAGAGGCUGGUCCGUGUAAUAUAACCGACAGCGCUCAGUUAGACUCUGCAAUUGUGAAUCUCACCACAGCAGUGCAGCAGGCCCUCCAGAACGCGCGGGUAUCAACUACAAACCAGCCCAUUCUCUCAGCCUUUGAAAAAGCCUGGAUUGCUCUCGCCGGAAUGGACAGACCUGGGCUACGCCAAAGGUUUGAAUCCAAAAUCACAGAAGUACUGGGCCAUCCAUCUGGGUCCUUGCGGAUGUCAAACGACGUGGACUUGCUCUCCGCCGUGAUAGGUCGACAUCCUGACAUAUCCCCCGCGAUAGUUCUCAUCGCCGGGACAGGUAGCGUUGCAAUGCGAUAUAGCACCGAAUCAGGUACGGAGCCGACAAGAACUGCCCGCUCAGGAGGCUGGGGACAUCUUCUCGGUGAUGAGGGGGGUGGGUAUUCCAUUGGCCUGGAGGCAGUGAAGCAUACCUUGACUGUCUGCGAAGAGGUCAGCCUCGGUAUACGUCCUAAUAUGGAGCUUGGACAGCUUGAACAGGCAGUUCUGCGACAUUUCGGCAUAUCAGAGUCAAAGGAUAUGGACCUCUUGAGUGAGGUCCUAUCAGGACAGAAUGGGGGAAAUGUCAAGACGCGUAUUGCAGCAGUUGCUCACAUUGUGCUGGAUCUAGCGAUCAGCGAUACUACAGCCAUAACAAUUGCAUCAUCACAAGCAAAGGCACUGGUUGAUACAGUUCUAGGACGCUUGAUAGACCCCAGAUCGUCCACUACUGCUCAACCCGAGAAGACAGGCCUGGUUCUUUCCGGUGGUGCUCUGAUGCACGAGACAUAUCAAAGACUAGUUCUGGAUAUAUUGGCUGGUAACCGAAUCAAGUUUGCCUAUGUUGAGGCUGUUCCAGACGCUGCGGCUGUUGGAGCGCAGUCUCUGGCCUUGAAGCACCGUGUUGAAUAACCAGAUAGUUAUACAGAUAUAUAGAUAUAAUUCAAUAGAACUAGAC